UUCCGCGAUGUGCAAGGUGAGGACGUCGCAGCCUACGCCGGUGUUGCAUCAUGCCACUGAGGGAGGGCGAAAAUGGUGCAGGAAAGAAAGAGCAACACAAUGCCCGUGCCGGUGCAAGGCGCCUACCAACGAGGUCCCAGCUGCUGGGAUCGCGUGAAAAUGGGCUUCACAAUUGGUUUCUGCGUAGGCAUGGCAUCAGGAGCGCUUUUUGGAGGUUUCUCCGCUCUCAGAUAUGGCCUGAGGGGGCGAGAACUGAUCCAGAGUGUUGGCAAAGUGAUGCUACAGGGCGGCGGCACAUUCGGAACGUUCAUGUCCAUAGGAACUGCAAUAAGAUGCUGAAAGUGUAUAACCGAACAUACUUGGCGUGUUGCUCAUCUGUGCAAAGAUGUGUGACAAAGCAAGUGUACGAACAGAAAUGUGUCUUCUUCUACAUCACAGAGCAGUUUACCUUGGCGAUAAAGGAUGUUAUACCUCCCAGUCAA